UUAAUUUACGAACAGUAUUCGUCUGUGAGGACCCUCUGACGAAAGACCCACAACAUCCAAGAUGGCGGCGGCGGCUGCUUCCCUCGUUUCGUACGGCAGCGACUCAGAUUCGGAAAACGAGUCCGAAUCCGGUACCAGUCCGCAGAAAGUCGACCCAGACGCUCUAGCUCAUCUUCAGCCGUUAAAAUCCGGUAGCAUAACGACGAUAGCCGUGCUGAAUGCCGCGCCUGAAGUCGCCGUGAAGGAAGAUGUUGAGACCGGGGUUCAUCUUGAUCCAGCACUCAAAGAAGUCACUUACAACCCUACAUUUGAAACCAUGUUUGCUCCAGAGUUUGGACCAGCAAACCCGUUCAGAUCCCAGCAGAUGGCCGCCCCGAGGAACAUGCUGUCUGGUUUCGCCGAACCGGCUCAUGUCAACGACUUCAUGUUUGAGCAACAGAGGAGAACGUUCUCUACGUUUGGUUACGCUCUGGACCCGUCUGUGGACACCAGUCAGGUCUCGUCCAACAGCUACAUUGGAGCCGUAGAAGAAGCAGAGAAAAACAAAGGGCUGACGGUGUUUGAGGCGGGAGCGAAGAAGCCGGAGAAGAGGAAGAAGGUGAAAGGUGGAGAAGCGUCGGACAUCGACAGCUUCCUCGGACCCUGGGCCAAAUACCAGGAUGAGAAAGACGUGGCCAAACCCUCCGAGGACGAGAAGAAAGAGCUGGACGAGAUCAUAGCCAAGAGACAGAAGAGAGGCAAGAAUGAAGAAGAGGCUCCAGCGGAGGAGAAGACCAUCCUGCACAUUAAAGAUGCGUACGAUUAUCAGGGCCGCUCGUACCUGCACGUUCCUCAGGACGUGGGCAUCAACCUGCGCUCAGCGGACAUCCCAGACAAAUGCUACCUGCCCAAGAAACAGCUGCACGUCUGGACCGGACACACCAAGGGGGUCAGCGCCAUCCGUCUGUUCCCGAUGUCUGGUCAUCUCCUGCUCUCCUGCUCCAUGGACUGUAAGAUCAAGUUGUGGGAGGUUUAUAACGACAGGAGAUGUGCGCGGACGUUUAUUGGUCACAGUAAAGCUGUGCGUGACAUUUUUAACAACACUGGCACACAGUUCCUGAGCGCCGCCUACGACAGAUAUCUCAAACUCUGGGACUCAGAGACGGGUCAGUGCAUCGCCCGCUUCACCAACAGAAAGGUUCCCUACUGCGUGAAGUUCAACCCGGAUGAGGACAAGCAGAGCCUGUUUGUCGCUGGGAUGUCGGAUAAGAAGAUCGUCCAGUGGGAUAUCCGCUCCGGCGAGGUUGUUCAGGAGUACGACAGACACCUCGGCGCCGUCAACACCAUCACCUUCGUGGACGAGAACCGGCGCUUCGUCAGCACCUCCGACGACAAAAGCCUGCGCGUCUGGGAGUGGGAUAUUCCUGUGGACUUCAAGUACAUCGCUGAGCCCAGUAUGCACUCGAUGCCUGCGGUCACGCUCUCGCCCAACGGUAAGUGGCUGGCCUGUCAGUCCAUGGACAAUCAGAUCCUGAUCUUCGGAGCGCAGAACAGAUUCCGGCUCAACAAGAAGAAGAUCUUCAAGGGUCACAUGGUGGCGGGAUACGCCUGUCAGGUGGACUUCUCUCCAGACAUGAGUUACGUGGUUUCCGGCGAUGCUGACGGGAAGCUGAAUAUCUGGGACUGGAAGACGACGAAGCUCUAUCAUCGGAUCAAGGCGCAUGAUAAGGUGUGCAUCAGCGCUCUCUGGCAUCCUCACGAGACGUCGAAGGUGAUCACCUGCGGCUGGGACGGUCAGAUCAAGCUCUGGGACUGACCGCAUCUGUCCUUCGUCCUGAACCUGAGCUUUUAACACUGAUGUGAGAUGAUGAUGAUGAUGAUUAUUACAGGGCUGGUAUCCAGUCAUAAACACACACACACACACACACACACACACCAGAGACUUCAGCUCAUGCUUUUUGUUUUAUAAUGAAUGAAUCUGUAUCUCCAGUGUCUCCCAUUUCUGUCUUUUUGAGGAUAAUAAAUGUCUCUUGUUUA